AAAAAGAAAGAGCAAAAAAAGUUUUAACUUUGAUUGAAGACCGGUUCGUAGGUGCGAGAAAGGUCCAUGAAAAAGAAUUAGUUGACUUAAGUCGUCUCUUCCUAAACUACCCUUAUAAAAGUACUAUUCUCAUCGUUUAACCGUAGGGGUAAUAUGGUAAAAUUAGAGUAAGCUUCAACCUUUAUAAGCUUCCAAACUCUUUUCCCUUCCCACAUCUCCAUCGAUCUUCCCCUUCUGAGAAAAUACCAAGUUCUUUCUUCUUCCUUAGUCCAAAAAAACAAUCCAAGUAAAUUAAGCUCAAUAAUGGACAUUGUCAAGGACUCAAACAAUAGUUCCAAGAAAGCCAUGAAAUUGUUACUUUCAUUAUCAGCCAUAUCUUUCAUUUUCUCUUACUCCUCUCUACUCGUUCCAUUCCUUGUAAACUCCUUCACACAUGUCUACUUUUCUGCAUUUACCAAACAGUCCUCUUCCUUCACAAGCUCCCCUCCUUUGGACAAAACCUACGUUUUCCUUCUCUUCAAUGGAAUCUUAGUCAUAAUCGUCAAGAACUCUGGUCUCAUCGGGAAUACUAAAUCUUCAGACGGCGUCGUUUCGGCCAACAUGAUUGGUAAAACCACACCAUCGUCAAAACUCUCCUCUGAUUCAAAGAAACCGGUCGUCGAAAGAGAAAUUAUUCAAAAUCAACAGCUUAUAAUGACAGAGGUGAACAGGAUUGUAGUUGUAGAAGAAGAUGAGGAAUUAAACAAGAUUGAAGCAGAGGAAGAAGAAGAAGAAUAUGAGCUACCGAGUUCAGAUGAAUUUAACAAGAAAUGUGAAGAUUUCAUUAGAAGGGUUAAAGAAGAAAUUAUGUCUGAAGCACGAUAGCUUGUUUAAUUUUGAUUUUCGAAUAUUACCGAUCAUCACUACUGAUUCUAUUAAUUAAUGAUUGCCACUAAACUAUUUGGUUAAUUAGAUUAGUUAGUCAAUAAAAUGAGAGUACCCUUUUUUUUCA